ACUGACUGACAGAGAAUUGGCAAUUUGGUAACAGCCUUAGCCACUGCCAACACCAUUUUUGUAUAAAUAACAACUCACAGCUCACCCCUCCUUUCUAUUCCAUAAAGACAGUCCUUUACGUCUCUCUCUCUCUCUCUCUCUCUCUCUCUAUAAGCUCUACUGUCGCGGCCGGACGGUCACUUUUCCGUCGCGCGCUCACUCUCUCUCUGAUAUUUCACCGGAAAAUUCUUUCACCUGCUGCUCUCUUUCUAACACGCGUGGAGGCGCGCGUUUUUCAAAGCUCUUUCUAUUUCUGAAAUAUAAGGACACGCAACUUUCGUGCUUUUUUCUUUUUAAUUUCGUAUGCCAUUACACGCAUCUUCACGAUCCUAAAAACUAGAGUUUCUUUUUUAGAAAACGUUUCGAGACGUUUUAUUUUGUCCUUAAAAAGAUAUUGGAAUUUGAAAAUGGAGGCGAUUGAGCUUUGGUUAUCGUUUCUCUAACAAAUAAGCCACUGCAUCUUGAUUGUUUUUGUUUGGUGGUUUACAUUUGGAGAAAGUGAAUGGCGGUGGAGUACAAAUGCUGCGAAACGGAGUUUUUUAUACACAUAGUGGUAAUAGUAUUUUUAGUGUUGUUUGCUGGAUUGAUGUCUGGCCUUACUUUAGGGCUUAUGUCAAUGAGUAUUGUUGAUCUUGAAGUUCUUGCUCAGUCUGGUACUCCUAAAGAUCGCAAACAUGCUGCAAAAAUAUUGCCAGUUGUCAGAAAUCAGCAUUUGUUGCUCUGCACUCUGCUCAUCUGCAAUGCUGCUGCUAUGGAGACACUCCCAAUUUUUCUUGAUGGUCUGGUGACAGCUUGGGGUGCUAUUCUAAUCUCGGUCACAUUGAUUCUCUUAUUUGGUGAGAUUAUACCUCAAUCUGUUUGUUCUCGACAUGGUUUGGCAAUUGGCGCCACAGUGGCUCCAGUUGUUCGCAUUCUUGUGUGGAUUUGCUUUCCUGUUGCCUACCCAAUAAGCAAGCUUCUAGACUAUCUUCUGGGUCAUGGACAUGUAGCACUCUUUCGCAGAGCUGAACUGAAAACACUUGUAAAUUUUCAUGGUAAUGAGGCUGGAAAAGGUGGAGAAUUGACCCAUGAUGAGACAACAAUUAUAGCUGGAGCACUUGAGCUCACAGAGAAAACAGCUAGUGAUGCCAUGACUCCUAUAUCUGAAACUUUUGCGAUUGACAUUAAUGCCAAACUUGACAAGGAGUUGAUGAGUUUGAUAUUGGAGAAAGGGCAUAGCAGAGUGCCAGUUUAUUAUGAGCAACCUACAAAUAUAAUUGGACUUAUUCUGGUCAAGAAUUUGUUGACAAUUCAUCCAGAAGAUGAAGUACCUGUAAAGAAUGUAACUAUUCGCAGGAUUUGGAGGGUUCAAGAAAUGUUGCCUUUAUAUGAUAUAUUAAAUGAGUUUCAGAAAGGUCACAGCCACAUGGCUGUUGUUGUAAGGAAGUUCAACAAGACAGAGCAGCAGCCAAACGGCAAUAGUGCUGACGAUCCAGUAAAAGAAGUUAAAGUUGAUAUUGAUGGUGAAAAGCUUGCUCAAGAGAAGAUUUUAAAGAAUAGGAGACACCCGCUUCAGAAGUGGAAGAGCUUUCCUAAUAACGGGAACAAUUCAUUUAAGGGCUCAAGGAGCAAGAAGUGGUCAAAAGACAUUGAUGCAGAGAUCCUGCAUAUUAAUGGAAAUCCACUCCCAAAACUUCCUGAAGAAGAAGAAGCUGUGGGCAUCAUAACUAUGGAAGAUGUCAUUGAAGAGCUUUUGCAGGAGGAGAUUUACGACGAGACGGAUCACAUCGAGGAUUCAUGACCCUCAGCAAGAAGCUGCAGUUUAGAUAACCACGAAAAAUUCAUUGAAUUUGUUUCAGCAGUUAGAUUAUACUAGAGCAGGAGUAAAUCCAGGAAUAGAAUGAUCAAGGACUCUUGUAUGCCAUGUAGUAUGUGUAUUGGUUGUAUUAAAACAAAGACACUGUAGUGAUUUUUGGUACUUGUGGUUCCUGAGAUCUGUAAGUUUUACGUUUUUGCUCAAGGGAAAGAAAAAAUUCUGUCUGCCGUAAA